AUGCGGAUCUUUCUUUUUGUUUCAUAUAUUAUUGUUGUUGCUUCUCAUUUAAUUACAGCUCAAGGAGUCGCUGUAUUUAAUAUUUUGGAUGAUGGUGCUAUUGGUGAUGGUACUACCGAUAAUACUCAAUCUAUUAGACAUACAUUAAUUCGAGCUGCUGAUUACAAUUUACCAAGUAUUGUGCUCGUACCAGCUGGUGAUUUUUUAACAGGUUCAUUACAAAUUCCAUCGAAUGUGUCUCUACAUUUAGCUUCUAAUGCUAUUUUACGUGCAUCUGAUAAUGCUAGUCUAUAUUCAUGUGUUCCAAGUAUAACAACUGAUACAGGUCCAUGUGAUUAUCCAUUUUUACUUGUUGAUCAUGCACAUAAUGUUUACCUUGAAGGUGAAGGUCGAAUUGAUGGUGGUGCAAAUAGUCCACCAGGUCAUCUCGUACGUGAUUAUAAAGAAUCAUCAAAUAUGCUUAUUCCAAUUGAAUGGAAUUUACCAAAUUGUUCUGGUUAUAGUUGUCGACCGAAAUUACUUGUUGUACGAAAUAGUUCCUCAGUAAAUUUAAUUAAUAUUACAAUAACAAAUUCUCCUCUAUGGACAAUUACUAUUGUUGAAAGUGAUCAUAUUCUUUUUGAUAAUGUAACAAUAAUGGGUGAUCGUCGUUGGCCAAAUAAUGAUGGUAUUGAUCUAAUUAAUUCUCGACAUGUUAUUAUUCGUAAUUCAAAUAUAAUAGCUGGCGAUGAUUGUAUUGCAAUUAUAUCACAUGGACCAUCAUCCAUGUUUAAUAUUACUGUUGAAAAUAUGAAUUUACAAAGUACAUCAGCUGGAAUUAAAGUUAGUGCAUAUGAUAGAAAUUCUACUGGUAAUAUGUAUGAUAUGAUAUUUCGAAAUGUACGUAUAACAGAUACAAAUCGUGGUUUAUGUGUUGCACCACGUUGGGGAUCAAAUAUAAUAUCAAAUCUUUUAUUCGAACAUAUGAAUAUUGAAACACGUUUUUUUGGUUUGGAUUGGUGGGGUUCAGCUGAACCGAUAUAUGUUACUGGUCUUUCAACAAAUGCUGAUCAAUUAUGGACAGGAAUGUUAAAAAAUAUUACGUUUAGAAAUAUAAUUGCAAAAGGUGAACAAGGUUUUAUUGUUCGAGGAAAUACAAGUAUAUUAGAAAAUAUUCAUUUUGAAAAUAUAUCACUGACAAUUGCACGAUGGAGUAAUGUAACUGAACAUCCAGCACAUGAUUAUCGGCCAUCACAAGAACCACAAAUGGCUUGGGCAAAAGUUGAUGGAAUUUUUGCUAUGGAUAUUGAUAAAUUUUAUCUUCAAGAUAUUAAUAUUGAUUAUCAACAACCUAGACAAUCUUAUUAUGGACAAUGUUUAAAUUUAAGUAAUAUUACACAAAUGGUGCAAAAUAAUAUUCAAUGUCAAAAUAUAGAUUAUUUCAUAUCCGGUCAAAAUAGUAUUGAAAAAUUACAUAUGAUAUAUUUAUUUAUAAGCUUGGCCUUUUUUUACUAUUUUAUUUUAUAA